AAGUGGUGGGGAAAUUUGACUUUUUAACGUGCAGUGCAAUUCAUAGUGGGGGAGUUGUUGGCAACGCUGCUCGGAGUGCUCGGCCGGAAUAUUCGAUCACUGAAUAAUCCACGAAAGUACGAUUGAGUUUAUAGUUUACAUGGUGCCUUUUGCACCGAGUGCGUAAGAUUGAGUUUUUGUGACCCUUUCCAAAUUGUUUUGGAACUAUUUUAUCAAUAUGGCUUCCAGUAUAGCAGAUUUCCAUAAAAUAUCUCAAGAAGAACGAGAGGAAAUCAGGGAAAGAUUUGAUGAGAUUGACAAAAACGGGGACGGCCACAUAGACUUAAAAGAACUCAGAGAAGCCCUGGAAUCCUGCGGACUGAAAAUAGCCGGUUACCAGUCGCGUCUCAUCGAAGAAGAGUUCAAGAAUUCCAAUAAGACCAAAAUCAGCGGCAGAUUGACGUAUGAAGAAUUCGAAAAACUUAUCUGUGAUCUCAAGGCUAAUGACGUAGCGAAUACAUUCCGAACGGCUGUAUCAAAAAGAGAAAACCUGCAGCAUUUAGGAGGGACAUCGGAAGCUUCCAACGAAGGCACUACACAUUCCGUUAGAGUCGAGGAGCAGUUGGCUUUCUCCGAUUGGAUCAAUUCCAAUUUGCAGCACGAUCCAGAUUUGCGGAAACUACUACCCAUCGACUCCGAAGGCAGGAACCUUUACGAGAAAGUCAAAGAUGGCAUUCUCUUGUGCAAAGUGAUCAACCACUCUUGCCCAGACACCAUAGACGAGAGAGCUGUCAACAAAGAGAAACUAACUCUCUACAGGAAACUUGAAAACCUCACUUUGGCUCUGUCCUCAGCCUCUGCUAUCGGUUGUAAUGUUGUGAACAUUGAUGCACACAAUCUAUCAAGCGGCACACCCCACUUGGUGCUAGGACUGCUUUGGCAGAUCAUCAGAAUAGGUCUGUUCAACCAGAUUACAUUAGAGCACUGUCCAGGACUGACGACUUUGCUCUCGGAAGAUGAAAAAAUCGACGACCUUAUGAAACUCUCUCCAGAGGCGAUCCUUUUGCGAUGGGUAAACUAUCACCUGGAAAGAGCUGGAACUCACCGACGCGUCAAUAAUUUCCAGAGCGACAUCGUAGACUCAGAGGUGUACACAUACCUUCUCAAACAGAUCGCUCCCUCUGAUGUUGAUGUCAAUACCGAAGCUCUCUAUGAGAAGGAUUUGCACAGUAGAGCCGAGAUUAUGCUGCAGCAAGCAGCAAAGUUGAAGUGCAGGUCUUUUGUUACUCCACAAGAUGUUGUCAAUGGGGUCUAUAAACUUAACUUGGCUUUUGUAGCUAAUCUGUUCAACAACCACCCAGGAUUGGAGCAGACCAAUGGUGCUAUUGACGGGUAUGAAACCAUCGAGGAGACCAGAGAGGAGAGAACUUACAGAAACUGGAUCAAUUCCAUGGGUGUUUCCCCUCAUGUGAACUGGCUGUACAGCGAUCUCGCCGACGGCUUGGUUGUCUUCCAACUAUAUGACAUAAUCAAACCGGGAACUGUAAAAUGGAAUCGUGUUCACCGCAAAUUUACCAACGAACGGAAGAAAUUCAUGGAGAAACUUGAAAACUGCAACUAUGCUGUUCAACUCGGGAAAGAAAUCAAAUUCUCUCUUGUAGGGAUUGGUGGUCAGGACAUCAACGAAGGCAAUGUCACCCUUACAUUAGCUCUCAUAUGGCAGUUAAUGAGAGCAUACACUCUCUCGAUUCUCACUCAGCUUGCCGAAUCGGGAAGUCCUAUCGUUGAGAAAGAAAUUGUUACUUGGGUCAACAAUAAACUCAACAGCGCAGGAAAAAAGUCUUCCAUUCGUAACUUUCAAGAUACCUCAAUAUCCGACGCUAAAGUAGUAAUCGAUCUUAUUGAUGCUAUCAGACCAGGAGCCAUCGAUUAUGGGGUUGUUAAGCAGGGCAGUACUGAAGAGGUAAGACUGGCUUGUUUUUCACGAAUUUUAUUUAGCAAAAUCUCUAUUGUGUUGUGUUCUUUCAUUCAUAAUUAUUUCUUCGCAGUGUUCCUGGAGGGUUCAUUCUGGCGCCCCAACCUAUAUUGUUUGUAUCAGUGAUUUACCUAGUUUUCA